UAUUACCAUUUAUGUUUUUAUUCAUGACGGCAUUGGUGGGACAUGCCAUCGGUUCGAAAGCGAGGACUGGGCCGAAGGUAACAGACAAGGUCUUUUUUGACAUCACCGUUGGAGGACAUGAGGUUGGCAGGAUUGUGAUUGGUUUAUUUGGUGAGGUUGUACCACAGACAGUGGAGAAUUGUGUCGCUUUGGCUACAGGAGAGAAAGGCUACGGCUACAAAGGGAGCAAAUUUCACAGGGUCAUUAAAGACUUCUUGAUUCAAGGAGGUGACUUCACCAAUGGAGAUGGAACUGGAGGUAGGAGCAUCUAUGGCAACACGUUUCCUGAUGAGAACUUCAAGCUGAAGCACCUGGGUUCUGGCUGGGUCAGCAUGGCCAAUGCAGGGCCCGACACCAACGGCUCCCAGUUCUUCAUCACCUCGGCCCGUGCGCCGUGGCUGGAUGGGAAGCACGUGGUCUUUGGGAAGGUGCUGGAGGGCAUGCCUGUGGUACACACCAUAGAACUCCAGGACACAAACGAUCGGAACCUCCCCUAUACUGAGUGUGUGAUUGUGAACAGUGGCAAAAUUGAAGUCAAAGAGCCUUUUGUGGUUGAGGUAGAAGAAUUCAACUGAUGUCAGUGCCAAAC